CAAAAAUUCUGCAGGUGACUGUUCUCUAUUACAAAACGAUGAAGUCCACAACAGAUCCGUAGAGUCGACCUUGGGUCACAUACUGGAUCCAUGAACAAUUGAUAGUGUUCGUAGACAACUUCUGUAGAACGGAAAACUCACAGCUGAUAUGCCUUUAGAUAACAUUCAGAAGGCCAAGAGCAAAGGCCUGUUGCAAACGCAGCGACAGAACAGCGCUGGAAUGAUUACGUCGCGGUAUGAUUCGGACACCGAGGGGCAACUCACUGCACCGUUCAGAUCAAAACUGCACCACCUGUUUGGCCAGAUUGAAAAAGAGUUUGAGACGCUGUACACAGAAAACCUUCAUUUGCAGGACAAGGUGGAGACCCUUCAAGAGAGACUGGAUGCCUACAUGGCGGUGGACAAGUCCAUCAAUGAGCCCCUGGAGACCGUGGAUGGGGCCACAAAGGCUAAACGAUCUGCAAGUCACAUAUCCCAGAAGAUCAAGAAGUCUUACAUCGCCUCGACGAGUCGACUGGUUUCCAGUUUCCGCCAGACGGCCCCUGCGUACACAGUUGUAAAGAGCUUCCACGGCCACAAAGACGGGGUGUGGGAAGUGAACACAUCCAAACUGAAUCCCCAGAUUAUUGGAACCGCAUCUGCUGAUCACUCUGCCCGGAUCUGGAAUGUGGAAACCGGCCUGUGCCUGCUACAGUAUCUGGGUCACUCAGGCUCGGUAAAUGCGAUCCGGUUCAAUCCAGUCAAGGACGGCGUCGUGACAACUUCAGGCGAGGGCACGGCUCAUAUCUGGUCACCCCAGGUCUCGAUUUCUUCAAUGGACGCCUUACGGGCCCAGUCAUCCGAGGAUUAUCUUGAUAUGUCAGACCAGUGUGAAACCAACGAAGAGAAUCCAGAUCAACCCACCACUCUCCGGACCCCACUCCGUGAGCUGAUUGGACAUCACAGUGUGGUGAUUGCAGCUGAUUGGUUGAACUUUGGUGGUCAGGCGAUAACCGCAUCCUGGGAUAGAACGGCCAUCUUGUUUGACGCAGAAACUGGGGCAAACUUGACUGUUCUCAAAGGCCACGACCAGGAACUGACAGACGUAAGGGCUCAUCCCAGUCAAGACCUCGUGGUGACCUCAUCCAAGGAUACGACCUUUAGACUGUGGGACUUCAGAGACCCUAACAUGCCUGUCACAGUAUUCCAGGGCCACAAUCAACCAGUUACAACGGCAGCCUUUGCUGGUAAUGAGAAGGUGGUUUCGGGCAGCGAUGAUCGUACAGUGAAAGUCUGGGAUCUGAAGAACAUGCGGUCACCCAUAGCAACCAUCCGUACUGACUCAUCUGUGAACAGAUUGUGUGUUUCGCAGUCACAGAACAUGAUAGCCAUCCCACACGAUAACAGACACAUACGGCUUUUUGACAUCAAUGGAAACAGAAUUGGAAGACUACCGCGUAGCAGCAGAACUGGCCACUCAAAAAUGGUGUGCAGUGUAGCCUGUGCCGAGGACAAUCCGGUGUGUAACCUUUUCUCGUGCGGCUUCGACAGACAGGUCCUAGGUUGGAGCAUCAAUGUCCAGAUCAAGGAAUGAAAAGAGUCAGUCAUGGAUCGUUCUUAAGAAACAUGAGCCUCGUUCAUGGACAACUGGGCUUAAUGCAUGGGAUAGCACUCUCCGCCUAAACUGGAUUUUUGCUAAAGAGAUGCUUUCUUCAAACGAAAAAAUACAAACAAGUGGAAAGUGUUGUCUCUGAUAAGCCUGUGCAGAUUUCUCAGGCUAAUCUGUAGAGCUGUAACGAUUCGGUUCGAUGCAUCGAAAAACCGAUUCAAUGCCGCCGAUUCGAUUUCGAUACCAAUACGGCCAAUUUCGAUUCGAUUCACUGCAAUCCCGAUUGAUUCUCAUUUUAAACCUUACUUUCCAAAUCUGUCGUGUAAACGUUCUUGUCAUUUGUAAACCGUCUCGUGAUUGGUCAAUAGCCAAUAUGUCAUCCAAUGAAUGAAUGAAUAACAUGCUGAGCAUUACAUCAACAGGUAAAAUGGCUUCUUCAACCACGCCGAAAGACGCACGUCAAACUUAAAAUAAAACGUAUGGGAACAUUUCGUGUUUCGCGAAGAUUCUGAUGCAAAGGCAACUUGCAAAACUAGUUUUGUUGACGUAAGUUACUCACAUGGUUUGUUUACUUAACUGUGUGCAUUCUGUUAAGAAGUCAACUGAAAGUUGUUUAUUUACUUACAUGUUGUUUUUUUUCCUUCUGUUAAACACGUGAUAAAUUUAGCAUUCUAUGUUAUUUAAGAACAACUCAACAGGAAGUUUUGUUCAAUAAAUUUGUUACUUAUAAAACAAUGUUGCGUUUUUAUAUUUUAUUUAAAAAAUUAAACACUUUAAAUGUACAACAUAAUAAGUUAAUAACAAAUACCAAACAUAUUAAUUCAAGCUCUGGACAAACCAAACAUGAAAUAGUUUGCAAAAUAAGCAGCAAAUAGUUUUAUUUGAAUUAAAUCGAAAAUAAUCGAAUCGGACCAUUUCGUAUCGAAAUCGAAUCGAAUGACGGGUGAAUUGUUACAGCUCUUGGGCGAAACAUGCAUUAAGCCAAAUGUUCCCUUAAGAAGGCUCAUAUUAUCUGAAGAAAUUAAAUUGUUCUUGUUCUAAAUACAUUUUUAUUCCAUGCUUACAUGGAAGAGUGUGUUUUCAAUACCAAACUAUGAAAGGAUUUGUUUUCUGUCAUUGCUUGUCACCAAAUUCAAGGUAGAUCUAGAAAAUAUUAGUUUUUUUCUCAAUUUAUUUUGUUAAUGUUAUAGGUAUUUAGUUGUAUAAAAUGUAUAAAUAUAAAUAGGUGUUACUCAGUAUUGUUGGUUGAUGUUAUAUUGAAUUGUCAAUAUUAUGUUAUAAGUUUAUUUGAAAAUUAUUUUGCGCAUGUCAGAAAAAAAUGACUAUAUUAAAUGCAAAGAAUAACAUUUCAUGCACAAAUAUAUUCAAGUACUGCAUGAUUAAUACAUAGAAAAUACUGAUUGAAUAUAUAUAGCAAGGCUUAGAACAACUAAACCACCUGUCUUAGUUCAAACUUAUUUAUUUAAGCUGGAUUGCAUUGAAAGCCUAAGGCUUAUUGAAACGCUGUCGAGUAUGUUUCCUGGGUAUAACCAGUACACGUUGUCUUUGAAAGAGAUCUAAAGAACGCCCCCACAAUGGGGAUCAAACACGUGAGCCUUGGCGAGUGGUUCAGGUUUCAGUGCCAUAAUGCCUAGCAAAUAAAUUUGUAGUCAAUCACUAUCCCAUUAUUGUUUGGCAUUGUCCUAUUUUAAUCAUUAUGUUGAUUUAAAAAAAGCCAAUUCAAACAACUGCGAAUACGAACUUAAGGUGUCCACAUUUUUCUGCUAGGUCAACAUUGUCAUCUUUUGUCUGUACUAAAUCUGACUGGGGUUUUGUUUAAAUACUCUUUAUUUGUGCAAUAUGAAAUUGUUGCUUGUAUUAGUUUCCAGUGGUGUCUCAAUAUAAAUUGUUUGUUUUAUCCAUUCCAUGUUUAUGCCAGAAAAGUGCUGACUCAUGCCAAAGAUAAAGAAAUAAUUAUUGCAUCCAUAUUUAUUGUAAAUCAUUGAUGCUUAUAAAAACAGUUAUGAAUUUCAUUUGUGAGUAUUUUCCCGUCUGGAAAAUGUAUGUAAGUGUAUUUAAUAUACUUUAAAAAGAUCAUGAAUUUAGACAUGUUUAAUAUAUGUAUUUAGCUUAAUGUUUUAUUUGCUUUCUGUUGAUCAAUUUUACCUGUUUGUUGUUUAUAAAACCAGAGACGUAUGUUAUUUACAUCUCUGAUAAUACCUGUAAUGCGUU